UUAUUUAAAAAUGUGUUCCUACUUGAAAUCCUGUUUAAAAUUAAUUUAUAAAUUAAUUAUGGAGGUGGUCAAUAAUAAUUAAGUUAUUUAAAAAGAAAGUGUUACACCGUUACGGGAAAACCUAAAACAAAUUAAUAAUUCAUUAAUUGUGCUUACUUCAAGGCGACGUAUUAUAUGUCUUGUAUUGAUUAUUGGUCGGAUCCCAUAGAAUUGGUCUGGCUUUAAACAUUUCAAUAAGAAGUAGACAUUCUUCGUCCGUCCCAUCCAUUAUUUAUUUUUUAAUGGUUAUAAUAAUUAAUAAAAACUAUAAUAGUUUUUUAUAUUUUUUUUUAAUUUUAGUAAUAAUUUCUGGCUAUUAUCACUUAUACUGGCCAAAAUAAAAUGUACCCGUUACCUAUAAAUAGCCAGGUCAACAGUUGACAAAAGUUUAGUUAAUAAUUAUUAUUGGUAGCAUAAUUAUUAUUGAUAAAUAUUUCCUUAUAUUUUCUGAAAUCGUAAAUCAUGCUAACAUUAAGUUAUCUGGCGUGGCCAUAUGUAAUAGCUGCAAAAAAUAAAUUGUUUUCCGAUCGCAAGAUGAAAGAACCAGAAAGAAAAGAUAAUGAAAAAAUAUCUGUAGAGGAUCGAAUCGAUUAUCCGGUCCGUCAAUUAUCAACGGAGACAGCCGCCCACGCGACAUCGGAGGCAGCCGCGCACGCGACUACUGAGACAGCCGGCCACGCGACUUCGGAGGCAGCCGCCCACGCGACUUCGGAGGCAGCCGCCCUGUCGACUUCGGAGGCAGCCGCCCACGCGACUUUGGAGGCAGCCGCCCAGUCGACUUCGGAGGCAGCUACCCACGCGGCUACGGAGGCACGGGUGCGCCGGAUGUGCAUGCAAGAGCUAUUGCGGGACCCGGCACUGUGGGUAGCCUACACCCGCGGGUGGGACGAUUGCGCGGGCAAGGCGACCAACGUGAAUCCCAAACCCGCGGUAACCGACAGGUCCCAGAGCCCAAGACGGCCGGUACAGCCAGCUGGCACAUCGCGACCGCCACCGAUACCGCAGUCUGCACGGUUGCCCCGACCACCCCCCCCAACCGCUAAUGGCAGUACUGGUCCCACGACCAAAAUUUUUCAAACCGCCAACACCGCCCGCGACGAGGAAAGUCAAUCAAAAAAGUGCCCAAAGGCCACCGACAACAGCGCCAUCACAAGACUCGUGGCAACGCCGGAACCAGUCUCGGAUUGCCGAAUACCCGGGACAGAAAAAGGCCGGAAAACCCACCACCUCCCAACAGUACCGCCUAGAAAAACCGGCACCCUCAACCACCCAACCGGCACCAGGCCCAAAGUCGCUGGUGGCAACGACCACGCCUGUCCCCCGGACAACCGCCGUUACUAUUCUGUGAUUGAUACGAUGAUAACAUACAACACGUUUGUCAGUUCGAUUAUAUUAUUGUCUAGCCGUUGCACCACAUAAUAACAAAAUUGUUGCACCUAGUUUUGUUUAACCUGUUAUAUUGUAAAAUACACUGUUUCAUACUUCAUA